AUGUCAUCCUCGUGGCCACCUGAGCUGAAGGCUUGGGUACAGGAAUGCCUCUCAAAGGCAACCCCAUCCAACAAGACAGCGGUCAACCUCGAGUUGAAGCAGGUGCUCUUCAAGGCGCACGCAGAUGGUACUUUGAAUUCGACAGACUGGUCCAAGGUGGAAUUACAAGCACCAGUCCCUAUGCUGCACGAUCAGCACAAGCCAUACCACCGCCUAAUGCUGUCCCGGCAGACCAUUUUCCUCCUGCGGUCGAGAGUACCGCUGACAUGCAGCGACGAUGAUUCUAGCAAAUCAAUGCUUACUCCCUACCACUUCACCACCCUAGCCGAGUCCGAGGCCCUCGCUAGACGCGCUGCGAGAUUCUCCAAGCCAGGAUUGGGUGGUGGAGGAGCAGAUCCAAAUUCGAUGGGAGCAUCGGAAUGGUUUGACCCGGACGAGCAGGACAUGUUGGCUGGGGCGAUGGGGCCGAAGAAGAGGUUGCGCGGAAAGGGCGGACUAGGGUAUGGGGGAGUGGAAGCUAUGGAGAUAGACCCAAACGUUAUUGACUGGGACCAUUUCACAAUCAAAGGUACCAGUACGAAGCUCGAAAAGUCAUAUCUCAGAUUGACCUCGGAACCAUCUCCAGCUGAUAUACGCCCUCUUCCCAUCCUCAAACAAACUCUGCACCUUCUCAAGACCAAGUGGAAAGACAACCAUAACUACGCUUACGCGGUCGACCAGUUCAAGAGUAUGCGUCAGGAUCUAACUGUACAACGGAUCAAGAACACUUUCACUGUGGAAGUGUACGAAAUCCACGCCAGAAUAGCAUUAGAAGCGGCGAACCUAGGCGAGUACAAUCAGUGCCAAUCGAUGCUACGUCAGCUCUAUGAGCUCGGCAUCGGCGGCCAUCCCCAAGAAUUCCUCUCGUACCGCAUCAUCUACCUAUUGCAUACCAAGAACAGAAGUGAUAUGGCCUCUCUGUUGGCCCAGCUAACCCCGGCGGAAAAGGCCGACCCCUCCAUCCAUCAUGCUCUCCAGGUGCAUGCUUCCCUUGCUACAUCCAACUACGCCCGCUUCUUCCGUCUCUUCAACACCGCACCCAAUAUGAGCGGAUACAUCAUGGACCAUUUCGUCGAGCGGGAACGCAUGGCUGCUCUCGCCGUCAUGUCCAAAGCUUAUAUCACCCUUCCUCUCGCCUACAUCACCCGUCUCCUAGCCUUCGAGAACGAAGAAGACGCUCACAACUUCCUCGAACACCACGAAGCCGCCAUCUUCACGAACCCUACCCUCCCCGAAACAGCCCCUGCCGCCAAGACCAAAUCUGCAGCUUGGAAUCCCGCCCCAAAGCCAAAACCAACGCCCCUCGCCGAGCUCAUCUGGGACGCCAAGAAGGCGGCCGGACAGAUUGUGCGGGGGUUGGAAAAGUACCGCAUCGUCGACUUGAAGGGGCAGGUGGUGUAG